CGUCGAGUAAACAUUGAUUCGUGCAUUAUCGCCGCGUGCGAGGUGAACGUGUGUUCGUAUCGCUGUUGUGAAACUGACGAAAAUCGAAUAAUCGAUCGGAUUGUUUCAAGACUAUUAACACAUUUCGUGAAACAAGACGAAGUGUUCGUUACGCCUCUAUGAGUCGACCGUUGGAAAUUCGAAAGGUCUAAUCCGCGUUUCGUCGUUCGAUCGUCGUCGUCGUGAGUAGUUUGCGCUCGAACGUUGCCAGAAUGGCAAUGGUGAAGGAUCGUAGGCGUAGCAGCGCGGGAUGGCCAUGCGUCACGGUGUGACAUUGAUUCGAGAUCGAUCUCCCAACAUCGUUGCCGUUUCACGUAAUUGUCCAUCGGUUGACUCGUGCCUGUGGCCAGCCAGUCUCGGCAGUCGAACAGCGCAAUCGAUAAUCCCUGCGAGCACUUUUUGCGCUGGGCGCGAGAUCGUAAUGGCGAGAGCGUGGCGUCGAUGGACGAUAGGCGGCAAGAGUGGGAGACAGUGGUAAAAAAAACAAUGCUGAAUCGCUAGGCAGCGCGUAAGUGAACGUUGCGGGCGGAGGCGCGUAUCGUCGGAGCACCGAAACUUUUCGUAAAGUAUAAGAGAAUCAAUCGAACAAUCCUUCGUUUCAUGAAAGGGCAAGACUCUUAUUAAUUGGCUGCGUUCAGGAAAAGAAGCAUCUUUACAACUGUUGUAAGAAUCUUUCAUAUGAUUGGUUUUAUAUUUAAAUCUGGCAAAGAACUGAGGACAAUAGCCAAUCCUUUUAAAAGGUCUGUUCGUUCUGCUUGAAGUCUCUCAAAUUUAAAAUGAGAUAAACAUAUUCUAGCGUUGAAGGGUAAGAAAGUGAUAAUGAGUGCAAAAAGUGCAAACAAUGCGAACAGACCUGAAGUAUCUUACAACUUUACAACAAUUGUAGAACUGCUGUUUCUACUGAACUCAGUUAUAAGUUAUCUUAUAGUUUGUGCAUUGUACGUUAUGCAAAGGUCUGUGCUCCGGUCUUAUCGGCGAGCGCGAUGCUCCCGCAUGCCGAUUCGGGGAAGGGUGUAGUCCCGGCGCGCGUUUCCGGCGCGUCAGGUUCUUCUCUCCUUUUUUUUCCCCUCUUCUCGCCGCGAUGAUGUGUUCGACGUUCGCACUCGUUUGAAAACGCGUCAUCCGCACCCGCAAAACGUGAAUUCACUGACGCAUGACGUUUUAUUAAAUAAGUGUAACGAAAACAGGAAACGGAACAUAUCCGGAACUCCGAAUAUUGCUGACGAAGAUUUUUUAUAGAUGUAGACAAGGAUAUUAUGCAUACCCGCUACAUCUAAUUGAUACAUUACCUUUUAAAUAUGGAUGACGAAGAAGGAACUUCGAGUUCUGGACCUAUGUCUUCAUUAAACAGCUUGUUUUCAUUCACCAGUCCCGCCGUGAAAAAAUUGCUCGGUUGGAAGCAAGGUGAUGAGGAGGAGAAAUGGGCUGAGAAAGCAGUGGAUUCGUUGGUGAAGAAACUGAAGAAGCGCAAAGGCGCGAUCGAAGAACUGGAACGAGCACUAAGCUGCCCUGGAACGCCAAGUAAAUGCGUGACGAUUCCUAGAAGCUUAGAUGGCAGAUUGCAGGUUUCGCAUCGCAAAGGCUUGCCGCAUGUGAUAUAUUGUAGAGUUUGGCGCUGGCCAGAUCUCCAGUCACAUCAUGAAUUGAAACCGCUAGACUUGUGUCAGUUUCCGUUUUCUGCCAAGCAGAAGGAAGUCUGCAUCAAUCCUUAUCAUUACAAAAGGGUGGAGAGCCCGGUUUUGCCACCGGUGUUGGUUCCUAGACACUCGGAAUAUGCUCCCGGCCAUUCUCUGUUGCCAUUUCAGCAAUUGGCCGACCCAAGCAUGCCACACAACGUGUCCUAUACAUCUAGCGGUUUCAACGCCGGUUCUACGAGUGGCGUCAAUCCAACGUCACCCAUGUCCUCUGUCGGUUCCGUACCCAGUCCAGGGAGCACGACUUUGCCGAAUCCUCAAAGUCCAUACGGUACCAAUGGAUUACCAGAGACACCACCGCCAGCAUAUUCUCCUCCAGAGGAUGGCUCUCAAACUGGGCAAACCACAUCCUCGGAUUCAGUUCCGAUGGAUACAAGCACGUCAAUUGAAUCAGCUACACCUGUGUGUUACCAAGAACCACCUUACUGGGCCUCAAUCGCUUAUUACGAGCUAAAUUGUCGAGUGGGUGAAGUAUUUCACUGUCAUUCGCACUCCGUGAUUAUUGACGGCUUUACAAAUCCGAGCAACAACUCCGAUCGCUUCUGCCUUGGACAACUGUCUAAUGUAAAUCGAAAUUCUACGAUAGAGAAUACGAGGCGACAUAUAGGCAAAGGAGUGCAUCUGUAUUACGUCGGCGGAGAAGUUUAUGCCGAGUGCCUCUCGGAUUCUGCGAUAUUUGUACAGUCUAGGAAUUGUAAUCAUCAUCAUGGCUUUCAUCCCAGCACAGUUUGUAAAAUUCCACCGGGAUGCUCAUUGAAGAUAUUUAACAAUCAAGAAUUUGCCCAACUUCUAUCGCAAAGCGUAAAUCAUGGUUUUGAAGCUGUCUAUGAAUUAACAAAGAUGUGUACGAUUAGAAUGUCUUUCGUGAAGGGAUGGGGUGCGGAAUAUCAUAGGCAGGAUGUUACCUCAACUCCCUGUUGGAUCGAAGCACAUUUGCAUGGACCUUUGCAAUGGUUGGACAAAGUGUUAACGCAGAUGGGUCCACCUCACAACGCCAUAAGUUCUGUAUCAUAAGUAACAUGCACGCAUCAUAGAGAUUUGUUUUAAGAUAAAAAGACAAUUAGUCUCGAUGCACUUUUAAAAGUUCAAAUAUAGGCUGUAUUUGCCACAUAUGUGAGAAUUACGGAAAUUGUGCACGGACGAAAUACAGUUACAGUAAGUUGCCCUAUGUUAUACUUACAUUAAAAUAAUAUCUAAUGAAGAAAAAUGAUAAUGAAAUGAACGAGAGAUGUAAUGUUUGAAAGAGAUAUAAAAACUCACGAGAAAUGUUAUGCAAAAGAAAAAUAUUUAAAAAUGGUGAUCUCUGGGAGUUAUCGUGUAUACAUUUAGACGCUAUAAAAAUUCUUUGACUGUUACAUAAGGACAGAAUUAUAUAUAUA